AUGUCAGCCUCGCAACGCGCAGGUCAGAUCGCAGGACACGUCAACUACCCGCGGGGUAUGCUGGCGGGGCAGACUGCGAUUAUCACGGGGUCGGGACAGGGGAUUGGGGCCGAGUGUGCGCGGCUGUUUGCCAACGAGGGGGCGAGGGUCGUGGUUGCGGAUGUGGACGGGGAGAAAGCAGGCGCCGUCGUCAGCGCGAUCGAAUCCCGCGGCGGCCAGGCCAUCGCGGUGACGGGCGAUGUGCUCGACGACGCGUACAUCAAGACGCUGGUUGCCAAGGCGGCCGCGUUUGGCGACGGCAAGAUCCACAUCAUUGUCAACAAUGCGGGAUACACGUGGGACGGCGUGAUUCACAAGAUGACGGAUAAGCAGUGGCACACGAUUGUCGACCUGCACGCGACGGCGCCGUUCAAGCUCGUCAGGGCUGCGGCGCCGUACUUCCGCGUGAAAGACGGCGAGCCAAGGAAUAUCAUCAACAUCUCGAGUACCAGUGGGUUGCACGGGAAUGCGGGGCAGAUCAACUAUGCGCUCGCAAAGGCCGGGGUGACGGGUGUUACCAAGACGAUUGCAAAGGAAUGGGGUCCCAGCUUCGGCGUGCGCGCCAACACGGUUGCGUUUGGGCACAUUGCGACGCGGCUGACGGCGGCGAAGGAAGCUGGUGCGUUUGUGCAGCUGCCAGAUGGCGAGAAGGUGGCGCUCGGCAUCCCGCAGAAGCAAAAGGAGGCUGCGGGCGGCCAGGAGCACGCGGAUAUCCCGCUGAGGCGGCCUGGGACGGCGACGGAGGCGGCGAGCGCGGUGCUGGCGGUUGCGAGUCCGUUGUUUAGUUAUGUGAACGGCGAGACGAUUAAGGUGACGGGCGGACGGGGGAUGUAG